AUGGCGGAGGGCAGGUCGGUACUCUUCGACGCCGAGCCUAAGCGGAGCUCACGGUGUAUGAUCUGUGAGGUGCCAAAGCGGCCACCCAAGCGAGAUAUGCUCAACGACGCAGAUAUCGAUGCGGCAUCUCGCCAGCUGGAGCAGCUCAAGCUCUCUGGCGAGGAGUAUCAUAAGACUCAAACGGAGGUUCUGGAAAAAUAUGCCUCUCUCAUGGAAAAUUACCGUCGGCUGAAGAGCGACUACGAAGAGGAGCGAGAUGCUCGUGAAAAGUACAAGCAACUCGCGAGAGGGCAAGAGAAGAAUCCGUUCGUUCUGGUCUUGGUAGACGGCGAUGGCUUCAUCUUCGACGACGACCUCGUGAGGGCCGGUGCAGAGGGCGGCUCCAGAGCUGCGCAGGUCUUGAACGAUGCCAUUGGCACAAAAUUGCGCGCACAAGGUCUUGACCACUGCCGAGUCAUGGUGCGCAUCUACGCCAAUCUCGCAGGCCUCAGCAAAGUGCUAUCCCGAUCCAAAUUGUGCGGCGCGGAGAAGCGCUCUCUCGGGCCCUUCGUGGCCAACUUCAAUCGCUCGAACGACCUCUUCGAUUUUGUCGAUAGCGGCGAACUUAAGGAGAACGCCGACUUCAAGAUCCGAGCCAUCUUUCGUCAAUUCGCAGACAUGCCUCAGUGUAAACAUAUCUUCUUUGCUGCUACGCAUGACGUGGGAUAUGUUUCUGAGCUGCUGCCGUAUGCCAGCAAUCGAGAUCGCUUCACGCUCGUUCAAUCAUACUCGACGCAUGCCGAGUUCAAGAAGUUGGGAUUCCGUAUGGAGGAGCUUCGUGGGGUUUUCCGAAAUUCACCACUACCAACAGACUCGCAGAUGCCCUACAAGUCCUCCGCGAUUCCUCCAUCGCCCAUCGGACACGCUUCCAAGGCCUCCGCGGACCAAUCUACCACCAAUAUCUGCUAUUUUUAUCAAAAGGGAUUAUGCAAAUACGGGAACAACUGCAACAAAGCUCACGUUCGAGUGGCCGGGUCAAACGGCCAUGCCGACGACUCCUCGAGACCAUCCGACAUUAAUGACUGGCGAAGCACGUCCGCAUCGACCGCCUCUCGCCCACCGGUGCCCAUCUUUCAGAAGCACAGUCCCAUGGGUGAAUUAGGCAGCAUAUCAGUCGAUGAAAUCGCCUCGAUGCUUCCCAACGAAGAAGAUAUACCGCCAAACAAAAUCCCCGUCAACAAAAAUCUCCAACGAUUGGACCCAUACGUCCCAAUUCCUUCCAAAACAGCGUUAUCCGAGUUCAACAGCCGAACGGCCAACCGCAAAAUGUGCAACAAAUAUCAUUUGCAAGACGACUGUAACAACGACAUGUGCCAAUACGAUCACUCUCCCAUCUCUGAAGACAUCCGUGGCUGUCUCAAGCAAGCCGCACGCAGUCUGCCGUGUCCUAAACGCGGUACUUGUCGGUCGAGCAGGUGCAUACAAGGCCAUGUAUGCCAACGACCCGACUGCAAAUAUCGCGGCGGGAAAUACUACUGCAAAUUGGGCUCUCCAGCCCACGGAGUGGAUCUGCAACUUGCCGAAUUCCUCCCGGCUUCGAAUGUUGCGAAGCAUACGCCGGACGAAGACGAGGGCACCUUUGACGACAAGUCGUCUUCUCCUGAGUCUGCUGGUGUAUACAGCAACGCUGGCUCCGAACAGGGCGACGAUGACUCGGGUGCUGUGCUGGCGAGCGCGGAGAAGAAGCAGGCGGACUAG